GUCUCAAUGUUUUUUUUAUUGGCAAGCGUACCGCGUUAAAGGAGAAAUUGUUAAUUUCUGUCUUAUAAAACGCCGUAAAGUGCUCAAGUGUUUGGCCUUCGAGCCACGCCAGCUGUAAUCAUGUCCACAUGCAUCGAAAUUCCGCUGCAGGACACAGAUGAGGUCAUUGAAGUGGACCCAGAUCAAUUGCCGGAAUGUUCCGAGGUGUUUAGCAUAUUGCUGCAGGAGCGAGCGCCGCUCCACGUCUGGGUUAAUGUGGCCUUGGCUUACUAUAAGCAGAAGAAGACUGAUGACUUUAUUAUGCUGCUGGAGGCAGCGCGGGAGAAGGGCACCGUUGACUAUCGUGACUUUAAGACGGAUCAAAUGCGUGCCCUGGACAUGCUGGCCGCCCACUAUGUGCAGGAGGCGUAUCGGGAGAAGUCCAAGGAUAAGAAGCGAGAGCUCUUCAUGAAGGCCACCAAUUUGUAUACGAAUGCGGACAAGAUCAUUAUGUACGAUCAGAGCCAUUUGCUGGGCCGUGCCUAUUUCUGUCUGCUCGAGGGCGACAAAAUGGACCAGGCAGAUGCCCAGUUCAAUUUUGUGCUGAAUCAGUCGCCAUCGAAUAUACCAUCGCUGCUGGGCAAGGCAUGUAUCGCCUUCAAUCGCAAGGAUUAUCGCGGUGCGAUGGCCUUCUACAAGAAGGCGUUGCGAACGAAUCCCAAUUGUCCGGCGAAUGUACGAAUUGGCAUGGCGCACUGUUUCCUCAAGAUGGGCAAUGCAGAGAAGGCCAAGUUGGCCUUUGAGCGUGCCCUCCAGCUGGAUCAGCAAUGUGUGGGUGCCUUAAUUGGCCUCGCAGUGUUAAAGCUGAAUCAAUUGGAGCCGGAAUCCAAUAAGUUGGGCGUACAAAUGCUCUCUAAGGCCUACACCAUUGACAAUGCCAAUCCGAUGGUGCUCAAUCAUUUGGCCAAUCAUUUCUUCUUCAAGAAAGAUUACCAGAAGGUGCAUCAUCUCGCCCUGCACGCCUUCCACAACACGGAGAACGAGGCGAUGCGCGCCGAGAGCUGUUAUCAGUUGGCGCGCAGUUUUCAUGCCCAGAGCGACUAUGAUCAGGCCUUCCAGUACUACUAUCAAUCCACACAGAUUGCACCCGCUAACUUUGUGCUGCCCCAUUAUGGACUUGGACAGAUGUACAUCUAUCGCGGCGACACGGAAAAUGCAGCUCAGUGCUUUGAGAAGGUGCUCAAGAUUCAGCCGGGCAACUAUGAGACAAUGAAAAUCCUGGGCUCACUGUAUGCCCACUCCAAUUCACAGACCAAGCGGGACAUGGCCAAGACCCACCUGAAGAAGGUCACCGAGCAGUUCCCUGAGGAUAUUGAAGCAUGGAUUGAGUUGGCACAGAUCUUGGAACAGAAUGAUUUGCAGGCAUCGUUGAAUGCUUAUGGCACCGCUUCGAGCAUAUUGCGGGACAAGGCCAAGUACGAGAUUCCGGCCGAGAUACAGAAUAAUGUGGCAUCGCUCUAUUAUCGACUGGGCAAUUUGAAAAUGGCCAAGCAUACGCUGGAGUCGGCACUGAAGCAUGCCAGCUCCGAAAUGGAUAAGGAUGUGAAGUACUAUGAGUCCAUACAGGUGACCAUGAAAUAUAAUUUGGCCCGUUUAAAUGAGGCGAUGAGCAGCUUUGAUGUCGCCGACAAACUGUACAAGGAGAUCCUCAAGGAGCAUCCCAAUUACAUUGAUUGCUAUCUUCGGCUGGGUUGCAUGGCCCGCGACAAGGGUUUGAUUUUUGUUGCAUCCGAUUUCUUUAAGGAUGCCCUCAAUAUCAACAACGAUAAUCCGGAUGCUCGAUCGCUGCUGGGCAAUCUGCAUUUGGCCAAAAUGCAAUUCGCUUUGGGUCAAAAGAAUUUUGAGACCAUUCUAAAGAAUCCGGCGACUGGCUCCGAUUCCUAUUCACUGAUUGCGCUGGGCAACUUCUCGCUGCAGACACUGCAUCAGCCGAGUCGCGACAAGGAGAAGGAGCGCAAGCAUCAGGAGAAGGCGCUGGCCAUUUACAAGCAGGUUCUGCGCACCGAUCCGCGCAACAUUUGGGCGACCAAUGGCAUUGGCGCCGUACUCGCCCACAAGGGCUGUGUGAUCGAGGCACGCGACAUCUUUGCCCAGGUGCGCGAGGCAACCGCUGACUUCUGCGACGUGUGGCUGAACAUUGCACAUGUCUAUGUGGAGCAGAAGCAAUAUAUCAGCGCCAUUCAGAUGUACGAGAAUUGCAUGAAGAAGUUCUACAAGCACAACAAUGUCGAGGUGAUGCAGUACCUCGCCCGUGCCUAUCUCCGUGCCAAUAAGCUCGUCGAGGCGAAAUCGGUGCUGCUUCGCGCACGUCGUGUUGCCCCCCAGGACACCGUGCUGCUGUUCAACAUUGCCGUGGUGCUCUCCCGCCUGGCCAUGGCCAUACUCAAGGAUGAGAAGUCCACGCUGGAGGUUGUCUUGCAGGCGGUGCACGAAUUGGAGCUGGCUCACAAAUACUUCCAAUAUCUGUCCGUGCACGGCGACAAGACGCGCUUCAACAUUGAGGUCGCCGCCGUGGAGGCCAACACGUGCCAGGAUCUGCUCUCGCAGGCCCAAUACCAUGUGGGACGUGCCCGUCGAAUCGAUGAGGAGGAGCGCACGUUGCGCCGCCGCCAGGAGGACGAGCGCGAAGCGUUCAAGCUGAAGAUAGCCGAGCAGCGCAAGAAACGCGAGGAGGAGGCACAAUCCUCCCGCGAUCAGUUGCUUGCCAAGCGGCAGGAGUACGUGGAGAAGACAAAGAAUUUGCUCAUCAUUGCCGAUGCGCCCACCGAACGCGAGCGCAAAAAGGGCAGCGGCCGACCACGCAAGGAUGACUACAUCACCGGCACGGAUAGCGCUGAUGGGGAGCCACGCGAGGGUGCCGAACGCCCGGCAAAGAAGAAGAGGAGCAAGGGUGAGCGGAAGAAGGGCAGCGGACGCAAGCGAAAGUCUGAGAAAUAUGAGAGCGAUAGCGAUGAGGAAUCCGCCGGUGGCAAUCGGGACAACAAAAGCAAGCAGAAGAAGAAGAAGCAGCAGCAAAAGAAUGCCAAGGAAUCCAAGGAGAAACUGUCCGCGAAGCAGCGUCUCAAAAUCGUCUCCAAGGAGACAAUCUCCACGAGCGAAUCUGAGAGCGAUGGCAAACGCAGUCGCAGCAGAAGCCGCAGUCGCAGUCGGCGUCAGAGCAAAUCGGGCAGUGGCAGUCGCUCUGGCAGCGCCAGCAGUCGCAGCCGUUCCGGCAGCAGGCAGAAGAGCGGCAGUCGGAGUCGCAGUGGCAGUCGCUCGGGCAGCGGCAGUGUGGAUCGUGGACGCAAACGCAGUCGGAGUCAAGGCAGUGGCAGCGGCAGCGGCAGUGAUGCAGUUGCUCAACGCAAGCGCGCCAAGAAUCGCAUCGAGUCUGGCGGCGAAUCGGACAAGUCCCGAUCACGUUCGAAGUCCGGUUCACGUUCGCGCUCCAAGUCGGCAUCCGGUUCGCGUUCACGUUCCGUCAGCCGUUCCAAAUCAAAAUCGAAAUCGAAAUCCAGGUCCAGAUCAAAGUCACCGUCUCGAUCUCGAUCCCGUUCUCACUCGCGCUCUCACUCAAAAUCCAAGUCCAAGUCGCGCUCACGUUCUCGCUCCGGUUCCGGUUCGCGUUCACCGUCGCGCAGCCGUUCACGUUCACGUUCCGGUUCAGCGGCCAGCAAUUAGAAGUUAAAUUUCUACAAAACCACUCCACAUUGAUCAGUUGAUCAACUUGAACUUUAACCUUUAUCUGCAAAUUGUGAAUGCAAAAUAUAUAAAAUGUGUUACAACAA